AUGAAGUUCACCGCCGCCACCGUCGCCGCAGUCAUUGCCGUUCUGCCUAUGGCCAACGCCUGGAUCUUCACCACCUGCGGCAGCCAGUGGGACGGCGAAAACGGCAAGAAGUGCACCAAGGCUCCCUGCAAGAAGGGUACCAAGAUCGACUGGGAGAACGGAUUCUGGUCUGAUUGUGUCCUCCGUGUCUACAGCGAUAGCAAGUGCAGCAGCCAAAUUGGAAUCGCUUCGGAUGACUGGAAUGACCACAAGCUCAGCAAGAGCAUGGGCUCCUUCAAGGUUUCCUGUUAA